GGAUGGGCUAUAAGAGAAGGCAGCCGAGAGGAGCCAGCGAGAGGGGUGGGCGUGAGCUGGCUGACUGGGGAAAGAGAGAGAGAGGCGUGGAGGGCAGCCGAGGGGCAAAAGACCGAGACCCUCUGCCGUUCCCUCCCUUCCUUCGUUCUCAGGUCUUGCCCUGGAAGCUCAGCAGCCGAGCAGCAAAGUCGUGACUCUCCUUCGCAUCCCCGAGCGAUUCGGCACCCGAAGGGCUCGCCUGCCUGAAGCGGACGUCCACCCACCCCUUCCUGCCCUCCGGCCGGCUUUUCUUGCCAAAGAUCACCCCUCUCUCCCUCCUUCAUUCUUUCUUUCUCUCCACCGCCGGCCCGGCUCCCUUCGCCGCUCGUCUGGCGCCUGCGGAAGGUGCCACAGCCGAGGUGCCACAACCACUUCUGUCAAUUUGCCAGCCAGCUGCUUCAGCGACUGAGUUAAAAGGGGGGUGUGGACGCCCAGGCAGAGCUCGCCGGCAGGCAGGGUGGGCGUGGAGGAAGAGAGAGAGGAGCUCUCGCACCCGGACGAGCGAGCGGCAGAUCCGCCCACCCCUCGCCGGAUGAUGAGAAAAUAACCCGGGGCUCAGCGGCGCCUGGAACGUGGAAGACGAGGGCGGCAGGAUGGUCCAGCAGAGGAGCGUGCGGAGCCGGGGGUCGGAGGGCAAGCGGGAGGUGUGCCCCAAGGAUGCCCUGCUGCUGAAGGAUGCCAAAGGGGAGCCGGGCUGGUGCAAGACUCCCAGCGGGCACAUCAAACGCCCCAUGAACGCCUUCAUGGUGUGGUCCCAGAACGAGCGGCGGAAAAUCAUGGACCAGUGGCCGGACAUGCACAAUGCUGAGAUCUCCAAGCGCCUUGGCCGGCGUUGGCAGCUCCUGCAGGACUCGGAAAAAAUCCCCUUUGUCAAGGAGGCAGAACGGCUGCGACUGAAGCACAUGGCUGACUACCCAGACUACAAGUACCGGCCCAGGAAGAAGGGCAAGGUGGGCACUGCUAAGUCCCGCCCCAGGGUCUCGGUUAAGAUCAAGCCCUCCGUCCUCGGGAGGGUGGCGUCCGGCAGAAGGCAGCCCCCCAAACAGGGUGGCAGCGGCAGCCAGGAGGGACGCUCGAUGCCCGAGCUGGAUGACGACCCGCUGGAAGCGCGGCUGAUGGAGGCGCCUUUUGACGACGGCCCGAAAACUCCCGGCAAAGAGUUCUGGCACGUGCUGCCAGCGAGCGGCGAGAAAGGAGCGUGGGUGGGCAGUUCUGGCGACCCAAAGGACCACGAGGUUGGUGCUGCUGCUGCUGCCAAGUCCUUUUCGGACCAGGCAAGGUCCUCAGAGACCCCUUCUCCAGCGUCCACCCGGUCCCCGCUGUCUUCCUUCGCCUCGUCGGACGAAGAGUUUGAAGAAGAGCUCUUGAGCUUCCUGCCCGCCCGAGCCCAGCCGAACACGCCCUGCGGGACGCCGGACUGGUCCGUCUUCGACAAAGACCUGGACCUCUUCCCCCUGGGCGCCACGUCUCACUUUGAGUUCCCGGAUUAUUGCACCCCGGAGGUGACUGAGAUGAUCGCUGGGGACUGGCUGAUGUCCAGCAUCUCAGACUUAGUCUUCACGUACUGAAUCCCUUAGCCAGGUAAACUC